AUGUUCCGUCACAGUUUUCAACAUAAAUUCGUGACGGUGUUCAACAGCAUUGGCAGCAAACCGUUGGCCAUCUGGGACGUACACACAAAGAAUGGGCACGUGCGACGGUUGACCGAUGAAGAUCUCAACUCGCUGGUGCUGGAGCUGAUGGGUGUGAACGUGGCUACCACCUACAUCACGGCACCAUGUGCCCCAUGCCCUUCGCUUAGCAUCAAGCUACCUUUCCUGGUCAUGCUGUUGAAAAAUAUGAAGAAAUAUUUCUCUUUCGAAGUACAGAUACUGGACGAUGGGAAGUCCCUGCGCAGGUUGCGCUUCUCGAACUACCAGAGCGAAACACGUGUGAGCUGUUUCAGUAUUACGAUGCCCCUAUCACUGGUACCACAGUGGAACCAGGUGAAGCUCAAUCUGGCCGACUUCACGCGACGGGCUUACGGAACGAAUUACGUGGAGACGGUCCGCGUUCAGCUGCAUGCGAACAUACGCGUUAAAACCAUCUAUUUCAGUGAUCAGCUGUACGGGGAGAAUGAUACUCCGGCCGCCCUGCAGCUAGUCAGGAACUCUGGAGUUUCCAGGAAGAUAAAGAUGCGAGUACCGAUCGGCAUGGCAACCGGUAGGGUGGGCAAGGUACCCGACGAGCCGGUUGAAGCGGUGCGACCACCAACGCCGGAAGUAGAAGAGGAUCAUGCCAUAUCAACGGAAGUAGAGGAGGCUCCUUUUAUUCCACCGGAAGAAGAUGAGGCUCUAACGCAACCAGAUGAGGAAGAGCAGGCGGAGCCCGUAGAGGCGACAGAAACGUUCUAG